AUGUGGCGCAUCGCCGAGUGGGAACGUAAACAUCGUCUUUGGUUCAGCGAUGGUGAGCCCAUUGACGCUCUCCGGCCCAUCGAUAACUUCGAAACCCGCGCAGGUCUCUCUUCCAGGUUGAUCGUGGAUAAGCUAGGGUUUCUGGAUUUGACAGAGAUACCAUCAGCCACGACAGUAGCCCUUGAUGCGAAUGGAUCAGUGAUAGAAUCUGCCCCGAACAUCAACCCAGAUACAAAACAGCCUAUGGACCUAGCUAUCCAGAUCAACAAAGAUACCAAAUCUGUCAUAAUAAGCAUCAUCCCCCUUGAAGAACCGUGUUUGGGCGAAGACCUCGAAUAUCUCUACAUCCACCCACGAACCCCUAACACGACCAUCCCCCUAAAGCCACUCCCCAACCCUUCCUCGGUGGACGUCAAGUUCCUCAAAUCGAUGAUCCGCAAAUCCUACAUCCCCUACCAAAACAUCCCCCCGUCGGCCGGCGGCAAACACAAAACCACCAUCAACCGUCUCGGAAAACGCUUCUUCCCUUUCACGACUCACAGCUUCGAGUUGGCACUCUGCAUCUACGACUGGACGACCGCGUCAUUCGUGCGUAACGUCCUGUUCAAGAUCUUCGAAUAUACUCCCCCACUGGAAGAUCUCACUACCAGAAUGUCAUCCACCUCUGCGUCUACGUCACUAUAUCAACUUGACCUGCCGAGCAUCACUCAUCAGAUCUACACCAGUAACUGGGACACUUACACCCCAAACGAUAAAGCCUACAUGAACUCCUUCAUGAUGAAACCCGCAUCCUCGCUCGCCGAAGUCACGACCCAACUCAACAAAGUAGCUCCGCAGGUGCACCGGCUCAGCGACAUCCAGAACCGAAUCAUGGGGUUAGCUGUAUCUUCUCUCCCGCGGAUGUCAGUUUAUAAACGACCCGUCGUGUACAGCGGCCAACCUGACAUGCGACAACUAUCGCUAAAUCAUUUCGGGAUCGGGUUCCGGGAAUGUACAUGCACCGUGAAUCCCGGGGAGCCCUUACGGAUUGACGUGGAUGUCUUUCUGAGGGAGUAUGUGGUUCAGGGGAAGAUUUUGACGACGAAGGCGUUCAUGAGUUUCACGGAUAGUAAAGACACGGCUAUGGGGUAUAGCAAUGGCUUGUUGUUGGUGGCAAAGCCGGGUAGUGAAUCUGCGGUGUGGGAAGGGAUGAGUCUUGUUACGCCGUUGGCGGUCGAUGGGCAGAUUGAGUAUACGUUUUUGCCGGGGACGAAGUUUCAGGUGGACGGGGUGAGGAGGGAGGGGGUUGGGGGGAGGGAGAUUGUUGUUGUUGAGUUGGUCCUUGUGUCGAGUGGGAACGAUUGA